CUGAGAGAAGGACACUUCGUCAUCAGAAAGGCAGGAAAGGACUGGGAGAUGUUCUCAGAGCACGAUGAGUAGAUUAAAAACAAGCAGCCAUGCUUCCGGAGAAAGCAGACAAUUCACCAGGCAAGGCUGAAAAUGGUACGCCCCACUGAAUCUGUGCACUGAAAAUGAAACUGCUUCCCCUCCAGCAGGGGCCCGUGACAUGGCUCAGAUCCGAGGUCCUUCCUGCACGUGCAGGGACUCAAGUGAGAAUACAUGGAUCACAGCGUGGAACAAAUGGCUGAGUGGUGAGGAUCUGUCUGCAGAAACAGAAAGGGCUUGUGCCGGUAAUGCGUGGUGGGGCAUUACCCCGGAAAGGACAAAGGCUUAUCCUUGAGGAGCCCGUCCUUAUUGAUCAACGUGAGUUAGGCAAGGAAGUGGAGACUGUGCAACAGCAUAUCACAGUGGCCUGCAACAAAUUAGCACCCGUUAAAUACCUACCAAGAUACAGCCUGGUGGUAAGAGUUAUGCACCAGAAACUCGAUAUCUUUCAGAUACAAAUGGGUGACAAAUGCGUCCUUAUUGCAAGUACAGACCUGGAGCUAUGCUUAAGAACUCAACAAAUAAACUUUUGCAAACCAAAUAACCUCUUAAUCUCAAAGAUACACACAGACAACUUCCAAAAACAUAGAAAUAAGCAGAAAAAAUCAAAACGAUGAAGGAACAGAUGAGAUACCAAUCUUCUCCGUCAUCUGGUCUCCUCCUGGAAUUGUCUGGUGAAUGUUCUUGUGGAGUCUAGAGAUGAAAUUACAUCCCAGGAUUUUAUUCAAUCACAAAAAAAGACUCACUUUAUCUCCUUGUACAAAACAUGCAGAACCAUUCAAUAUAUAUUAAAAAAAUUAACAGCAGGAUAACUUGUCCCAGGAUUCUUUCUAUCCGAAUUAAGUUGAAAAAGAUGACAGAAACAAGCUAGAAUAGCAAGAAGCAGCAACAUAUCAGUGAAAGCUGAGAAAGCUGAGCAUCUUUAAAUACCCAGGAAGACACCAUCAGGUGGCCAGAAUUCAACACCACAGACGUGUUAGCCUCAUAAACAGAUGACAAAUCUGAGACCCUCAAAUGUUCUUGAGAAUUUGACCAAAAAACAGCCCUGGAACUUGUGCGUUAAUUGUCAUAGACCACUCUGGGAUCAUUUGCCCACACAAGCCCAGACAUAAAACUGAUCCCCCAAAAUUGAAGAGACAUGUUUGUAACAGAUAAUCUGUGUGUGGUGGCUGCCAAACAGCAUAAGGAGGUUAGGGAAGGAACGAUUCAUGAGUCUUCGGGGAACAGCAGCAUCUCCAGGUCCGAUGUAUCAGUACUUCGAGGGAGGUUAAAGAUAGAAGGAACAGGAAAUGUACCCCAACCCACUUACCUCUCCCCUCUACACGCUAGAAUCCACACAUUCUUGAGCACCAAUGAUGGGUGAGGCCCUAGGCCCAGCAAAGAGCUGGGAUUCUCUCCUCAAGCACAAAGGUGCCAUGAGUGAGUACUCUGUGGCUGUCAGGUGCCCUACUGUCCUGAAACCAAUGGUUGACACAUAUUUCCCCUCCACAGAGGGGAGAAGGAACCACUGGGAGCCCUCUGCUGGAAGCUCUUCCCUACCCCCAUUACAAAGGAGACCGAAGGCCCUCUGGGCUGCUCCCCACGGCUGCUUGUAUUUCCUUAGCCACAAAUAUUAAGGCUCUGCCUAAUUAACUAUUUCUUAAGGAGAGUUCCUGCGUUCAACCACAAGAAAAGUCUGGAUAAAAUCAUAUAUGACAGACUCCUACAGGGUUACUGAAGCUAUUUGGGGGCAUCCCAGUGUAUGGGAGACAUUUGAUGUCAGGGAGGACAGCCAGACUCUCCCAUAAUGACUCCUUUGUGACUCUGUCAGAAACACAGGGCUGGAAAGACCAGCUGCUCCCACUCUGCCAGACCAUCCAGAAGGCCUUGAGGGCCUCGAAGUAGUUGGGCAUGAAGUGUGUUCUAUGCUGACCCAGGCCUACUUGGUGUCCUAUGUGAGAUACAGGAUUGCUGGAUGUAAGCAGGUCAAUAUGCUGCUUCUGAUGAAUAUCUAUCAAGAUGUCAGCUGCAAAGGACAAAGCUCUGGUGAAGAUGGAAUUGCUGUCUAUGGUGAUUGGCACAGACAAGCAACAGACCAACAAAAAUGAUGACCGGUACCAGCUACUCUCAGAUAGUAAGACGGUUCAGCAGGCCCUAAAAACCUUGAAGGAGGUGGGCAAUGAAGUUCUCUACAAGCUGAUGGAAGACUACUUUUUGAACUGUCUGAGAAAUGGGAUCCCUAGUGGCAUUCAGCGAGAGCCCAAGCCUGGAGACCUUCUUGAGAUUUUCCGAACCAACUAUUCUUACUGGGCUGUUUAUGUGGGUUAUGAUUGUGUUGUCCACCUGGCACCUCCACACCAACAUGUUAGUGUUGGUGUAGGCAGCCAGAAGUCAGCCCGGAAGGAUACAGCCCUGGUGAAGAUGGAACGGCUCUCUGUGGUAGCUGGGAAUGACAAAUACCAGGUCAAUAACAAACAUGAUGACGAAUAUCAGCCACUACCACCCAAUAAGAUUGUCCAAAGGGCUUUCAAAGAGGUGGGCAAUGAAGUGUUUUAUAAACUCAUCCAGGAGUACUUCCUGACUUACCUGAGAUAUGGGAUACCUGGCAGCAAUCAGCAAGAGCCUAAGCCUGGAGACCUGAUUGAAAUAUUCCGAAGAGGCUACUCUCAUUGGGCUGUUUAUGUGGGUUAUGGUUGUGUUGUCCACCUGGCACCUCCACAUCACGAAUGCUCUCCUGAAAUUGCCGAGUUUGGCUGUCAACCUCAUGGAACUCAUGCAAUAAGAAAUAACUUCAAGAAAGAGGAAAACCAAAUGAUGAAAAUAAAAUUCACGAACAAAGUGAACACACACACACACAUGAGGGAAAGAAAAAGAAUUAUCAGAACCUUCUAUACCCGGUUAUGUCCUAGCAAAGCCAAGAAUUUUAAGCAAAUGUGGAUGAUUACCUACAAAAAUCUAAAAUGCCCACAUUUACCAAACAAGAACUAGAGGUCUUAAACAGCCCAAUAUCAUACAAUAAAACUGAAAAAACCAUAAAGGAAUUACCAAAGGAAAAAGCCCCCAAACAAACACUGGUCUAGAUAGAUUUACAAGUGAAAUUUAUCAGAUGUUUACAGAGAAAUUACCUAUGCUACAAAAAUUAUUCUCUAUAAUUGAGAAAGUACCCUAACUCCUCAGAGAUAAAUAUGGUCCCAAUACUGAAACCAGGGAAGGCUAAGCAGAGAAAGAGUGACCAAUAUCACUACUGAAUACUGAUGAAAAUUGUUAAAUAAAAUAAUAGUGUAAUGGGGGGAUGCAGAAGGAGGAAUGCUGAUUGAGGGAAAAUCACCCUGAUUAAUUUAUUAGGUACCAUAGUGAAUAGAGUUCUAGACUUGGAAUCAGGAAGACCCGAGUUCAAAUCCAGCCUCAUACA